UAUAACCAGCUGAAACUCGAAGCAGUGUCAACAUGAUUCCAGCUAAAUUAAAGUUCUCAAAAUAUCUUUAAAGUUUGCACAGCUGUUCUGUGGUAGGCUCAGUAUUUUGCAAAUUUUUAUUUGAGUAGCCUGGUUUUCAAGAUAGGCUCGAGGAUGUGGGUCAGAUUGUAUGAAGCGUACGGUUCUCACGAUAAUGGAGAUAAACCCAAAUCCGUCCGAUGUUUGCUUUUCUACCUAAAAAAAUUGGUAUAAAAAGUGUGGUGGUCCAGCCAGAACAGCAUCAGUUGAUCAUAUCCAACUUCCAAUCAUCAACAUGAAGUACUCCUGUGCGCUGCUCCUUUUGGCCAUCCUGGGAUGCUGCCUGGUGAGCCUGUCGAGAGCUGCCUCAACCACAGCCACAACCGAAGCCUCCACCGCCACCACCACCACCACAGCCGCGUCCUCGGCCACCACCACAACCACAGCCGCGUCCACGACCACCACAACCACCGCAAGCACCACAACCACCACCACAGCUGCUUCCUCCGGCAAAAAGAAGCACGUGACCCACUACAAGCGCAAGACCCGCCGACCCAAGAAGGUCAGGAAGAUCCACCGCAAGAAGAAGCGCAGCGGUUGA